AUGUGGAUACUGCCUCUCUAUCCUAUUCUGAAUUCUGAUGAUCUGGAUUUGCUAAUAAGUAGGUAUACUGAAGAUAUUGGGAAGGAUGAUUCACAGCUACGCCAAGGCGACUUUGAGAAAAAUAUAUCGCUGAUGACAUUUUACAUGGUAAUGGCGCUUGGGGCAAUUAAUACUUCAAAUACAAUUCAGCAAAUAUGCAAACAAUCUGGCCAAAAAGCUUUACUGGACUUUUCGGUUGGGAGGCCAUCACCGACAUCUCUUUGCACACGAGUUUUGCAGUUGAUAGACUAUAAUUCUCAUAUAUUGCGUCCGAGUGUUGGAUUCAUCAGAGUAUUUCUCUUGAUUUCAAUUUAUAGCUCUUUUGGACCUAUUGGAUCGAGCCAAUGGCAGCUAGCUGGCUUUACAAUGAGGAUGGCUGUAGAAAUAGGUUUGCAUUGUACUCCUGAGGCAAGUGAUCUCUCAGAUGAGGCCAAGGACCAACGGAAUCGCGUCUUCUGGACCAUAUAUGCGAUUGAGAUUAGUCUCGCUUAUAAUCUUGGGCGCCCUUCGUCGAUUGGAGAUGAUCAUAUCGCUAGUACGCUACCAAAAUCCACAAAUGAAAAUUUAUCCAGUCUACAUCAUGUGCGGCAUCGACAGAUACAAAGUCGAAUUGUGGCUCAAAUUUACGGCAUCACCAACAGUACUCGAAAAAUGUCAGUCGAAAAGAAGCAGCUGCUGAUCUUGGAUUUACAAAGAGAUCUUGACGAGUGGCAAGUCAAUAUACCAGUCGAUUCCCAGUACGAGGUAGCAUACCCAUAUAGCUACUGGAAUCGCCUUUAUCAUGGCACAACUUUUGUCUUGCACCGACCAAGUCCGCUUUGCCCACAUCCCUCUGCUCAGUCUCUGGAGCGAUGUAUUACCUCCGCUGGGAGCUAUAUUGACGACGUUCUUACAAUUCUUCGCCUCAACAAAAUACCAUUGCCUUGGAUGCUAGUUCAAGGAGUCUUAUUCGCGGGCUUGACCAUGGUCGUAACAGUUAGAACCGGUCUUCAUCAGUUACUAUCGCAUGUCGAAGCAUCUUUCUUGUUGAUUGAUCUUCAGUCUUGGGUUAGAAAUUGUUCUAUCUGUCUCGCCAUUAUGAAUGAACGACUCCAAGAAGAAGAAUUGAUGUCAAAAUUGGAUUCUCAGUAUGAGCUUCUUGCAAAUGAUACUCUUAAAUUAGUAUCUUCAACUAUGACUUCACAAGCUGGGACUAUUUGCCCUGAAAGCUCUGCAUCCGCGACAAAUAUAGAGAAUGACUUAGAGACAGAACAAGGUCUUAACAUGGACACAUCAUAUUCUAGUAUGAGCUUUAGGGAAGAAUAUGAUUAUUUCGAAAUGUUCAGGGAUUUUUUGGGCCAAGACCCAACAGAAACAUUUUGGAAUAUGUUUCCCAAUGAAAUGAAUAUGGCGGCUGAUAUAGAUCCGGGAAAGACAUCUUCUAAUAUCCUCUAG